AUGGCGCCCGCUCCGGCCGUGCUGACCCGGCUGUUGUGUGCAGGUGUGCGGCGCUGGCCAGGUUUCCUGCAGAAGGCGGCCCGGGGCCCAGCGGGGCAGAAUGGUAGGAAGGUCACGGGAGUCCUGGUCCCUGCGGUCAGCGAGCCCCAGGACGGCGACGAUUUCCAGAGCAGGAUCCUAGAUGUGCCAUUACAGCAUUCCGAUUUCUUCAAUGUCAAGGAGCUGUUUUCUGUGAAGAGUCUCUUUGAGGCCCGAGUACACCUGGGACAUAAAGCCGGUUGCCGUCAUAGGUUUAUGGAGCCAUACAUCUUUGGGAACCGCCUGGGCCAAGAUAUCAUCGAUCUGGAUCAGACAGCCUUGAAUCUCCAACUGGCCUUGAACUUCACUGCCCAUGUGGCCUACCGAAAGGGCAUCAUUCUGUUUGUGAGCAGGAAUCGCCAGUUCUCUCAUUUAAUUGAGACUACAGCCCAAGCCUGUGGGGAAUACGCCCACACCCGAUACUUCAAGGGUGGCUUGCUGACUAAUGCACAACUCCUCUUUGGACCUACAGUCCGCCUGCCGGACCUCAUCAUCUUCCUGCACACACUCAACAAUGUCUUUGAACCCCAUGUGGCUGUGAGGGAUGCAGCCAAGAUGAACAUCCCCACAGUGGGCAUAGUGGACACCAACUGCAACCCAUGCCUCAUCACUUACCCUGUCCCAGGCAAUGACGACUCACCCCAAGCUGUCCAGCUCUUCUGCAAGCUCUUCCGGACAACCAUCAACAGGGCCAAGGAAAAGAGGAGGCAGAUGGAGGCCCUACAUCGGCUGCAGAGUCCCAAGGGGUCUGAGGGCAGUGGGACAUCUGCACCUAAUGAGAGCUAUUCCCCAUGACAGGAAGCCCUUUUCCCACACUGAUGUAUGUCCCCAUUCCCCAUCCUCAGCACCACAGUUCUAUUUUCCCUAGAUACGGCCACCCCAAGUCCAGCCAUCUUGAGCUAACCUUUGUCUUGUCUCUUUUCUGGGAACAAACUCAGGUACAGUACAUAUUCACAUGGCCUCUGGCAUCCAUUAAGACUUGAACAUAACUAGUCAAGUUUCUCUGAAGAAAAUUCCAAGCAAAACAAUCCUGAUGUCUCUCAGGACCCCCAGUAGUUGCCUCUAGACCUGUAACCAGACUUAAGGCCAAGCAGGUUCCCAGAGGGGAGAUAGAAAGUACAGUCCAUGUGCUGUGGUACGCUACUAAAGAACUUGAGUUUGCCGAGUCAUUCAAGCAGAAGCCGGGAAUAUAUGUGGGGAUGGAUUUUAAAGGUGUGGGUUAAUGGUGGAAGGAACGUCAAACUGAAUCAGGCUG